UCCAAAUUAAACGGGAGCGAAACAAAUAUGAUUUCAACACUGUUGCAUUUUGGGACACUUGAUUGAUGCGGCGGCCAUUUUAGCCCGCUGGACGCUACCUCUCAUUGAGGAUACGAAGAAAAUAGACUGCGAAAGCUUUCUCGCCACUUCUGUUGACUUUUUCUCGAGGCGAUCUUGAAUAGCAAUGGCCCGUACCAAGCAGACAGCCCGUAAGUCCACGGGAGGCAAAGCUCCACGUAAGCAGCUAGCCACAAAGGCUGCCCGAAAGAGCGCCCCUUCAACCGGAGGUGUGAAGAAGCCCCAUCGUUACAGGCCUGGCACGGUGGCUUUGCGUGAAAUCCGUCGUUACCAAAAGUCCACUGAGCUUCUGAUCCGCAAGCUCCCCUUCCAGCGUUUGGUGAGAGAAAUUGCCCAGGACUUUAAGACAGAUCUGCGUUUCCAGAGUGCAGCCAUCGGUGCUUUGCAGGAAGCCAGCGAAGCCUACCUGGUGGGUCUUUUUGAGGACACCAACCUGUGCGCUAUCCAUGCCAAGCGUGUCACCAUCAUGCCAAAAGACAUCCAGCUGGCACGUCGCAUCCGUGGGGAGCGCGCUUAAAUGCUUUUACUUUGUCUUUUUACUUUUCACCCGCGAGUUCGUCCAUCCCACACCUGCCCCUCGUCACCCUUCCCUUCCUCCUGUGUUAGUAGUAUGCAUUUGGUAAACUGUUUAUAUCAAUAAUCAAGUGUGUAGUCGUGUACUGUAUUUCUUAGUGCUUUCAGCACAGAAGACUAUUAUGGUACGCCUUUUUGUGCAUGUAUCAACUCCACUCUUUAGUGAUGAGGUCGCCUUACGAACACUCACCGACUCCCCACCAUUAGGUGGGGCAGAGACCACAAUUAUGGGGAAAACCAUCAAUCCAUCAACCCAUUGCAAGACGGUGACAGACAGAAGAUUGGGUGUUAAUCUACUGUGGAAAUGGGCUCUUUUUGGGGCCUCUUUCCAAUAGGGUGUUAAAUGAUCCUCUUCAGUUUUUGGUAACACACCAACUUCACUUCCAAUGUGUAAAAAGACAUCAACAUUGGUCUCAGGUGGAUUCUCUCCCUGCAUGAUUGUCAGCCCUGAUCACCACAGAGAUCUAUAUUCAAUCCAUCAACAUCUCUGGAGACAAAGCUUAAGAUUGUUGUCGUUGUUUUUUGUUUUGUUUUGUUUUUUGCCUUAAAUAAUACUGUAAUUUCUGAUGGCAAAUCCAGGCAUGCAGCAGAGGGGAUCAAUCCUAUUUUAGCACAGAACAAAUUUAGACCGAUCUGAAAUCGAUCCACUUCUUGACACACAUCUUAUCAGAGAUUGACCUCAACAUUUUUAUUUCUUUGAAAUAUUUUAGCCAAAGCUUGAGUGAGUUGCUUUCUCUUUCUUUUACCUAAAUCUUGAAUGAGAAGUUUAUAUACUUCCAAAUUGGAAUGUUCUCAUUGUUUUGUUUUGCUUUUUUUUCUUGCAAACAAAUCAUGAGAUGUGGUCUGGAAACUAUAUUUUUUCCACUCUGUAUCAGCUACCACUCUGCGUCUGUUUGAUUUUUGUCUCCAGCCUGUUUCCCAUGAACUUUAUUUUUUCUUGUCCGAUUUUUUUUUUUAUUAAAACAUUAAGUAGUAAUGUUUUAAUAAUGCAAUGUUUGUAAUUUCUAGAUUUGUCAUAUAAACUUAAUAAAUGGAUGUUACACA